AUGGGAAUCAAGCGUUUUUUCAAAAUCAAACCCCCCGAGGAGGACACUCCAGAAAUGAACCGAGAGAAGUUGAAUGAACUCGGUAUUCCAACCAAGAACGUAAGCCGCGUCAGGAAGGAGAAAUUCUCAGCCUAUGGACACUUUGCUAAGGAUCAUGCUGAAGAUCGAUACUACGCUCCCCCAGGAUACGACAAAAAGGGUCAGACUGACAGUGCUACCUUGAAUGACUUGAAUAAAUCGGCUAUGGACUCAGAACCCGAGAGUGACGCCUACAUGCGUGCUCCAGAUAAGAGCGGUUUUGAUCCUUACGCCAGGAAUAAUGUUCAAGACAAUAUGCGCGCCACAAACCCGUAUGAAAAACAGGCAGCCGAUCCCUACUCCCGAGGAAGCCCAUAUGGUAUGCGUUCGACAGAUCCGUAUAGCCAGCAACCUGCGAAGAACAAUAGUUAUGGUGGUCAACAGCCGGGUACCUCUAAUCCUUACAAUAGGGCGCCACAAGCAGAAUCGCUGUCCUCGAAUCCUUAUUCGGGACAGCAGAAAUCGUCGUCCACCGCGAACCCUUAUGUGGGCCGUCAAAACUCGACUUCUCAAAACUCGUCUCGCAAUGCCACUCCAGGGACAUCCCAAAACCCUUAUGGCUCUCUGGCGAAUGACCCUUAUGCUGGCUCUCAGAAUAACGUGAGUUAUGGUUCGGCUGCACCCCAGCACAGACCAAGUGCGAGUCUUAAAAACAGUGAAAGCUAUAAUAGCGGUCCCCAACGUCUGGCCGGAGCCCUUCGAGAUCCGUAUGCUGCUAGUGCGAGUAGUCAGGGGCCUGCAUCGCUCGAUAGGACUAGUUCGGUACCUCCGGACGAUUCGUUCAAUUUUGAAAGUGAACAGCAGGCCGAGCGCUCUGACCUGAACGACGAUGAAAUCGACCUUAAUGCCACUUUACAACAAGACGAAGAUGACUUCAAUGGAUCCAUGCACGCUGGGUACGAAGGAAGUGGCUACCAACGCCAGCAGCAGCAGUAUGCGCCCACUGGCGAACCGUCCCGGGGGUUCCAGACAUUCGAGGACUUACAGCGAGAGAACGAAUUGAAACAGCAACAGGAGGAAGAUGAGGCGGUGGACGAAAUCAAGAAAGAGAUCCGUUUUACGAAGCAAAGUUCCGUAGCCUCUACCAGGAACACUUUGAAAAUGGCACAGGAGGCAGAAAUGGCAGGAACCAACACCCUCGGAAUGCUGGGCCAUCAAAGUGAGAAGCUGAACAACGUGGAGAGGAACCUUGAUCUAAUGAAGAUGCAAAACAGGGUCGCGGACGACAAAGUGGCAGAGCUAAAGAAGCUCAACCGGAACAUUUUGGCAGUUCAUGUGAGCAAUCCCUUCAACUCUAAACGAAGGCUGCGAGAGGCGGAAGACCGCAUCAGAAACCAAAGGAUCGAGGACAAACUCAUGCAAAAGCAAACCAAUGGCCGCCUUCAGCAGUCCACUAAUCGCAUCGAAGGCGCUUUGAAUGCGUCAAGUCAUGAACCACACGACAGUGUCAAGCAGCGCUACCAAAACCAGGCUAUCUUGGAGAAAGCUAAGCGCUACCAGUUUGAAAACGACGAGGAAGACGACGAGAUGGAACUGGAGAUCGACAAGAACCUAGACAAGGUGGGCCAAGUUAGUGGAAGAUUGAAAAGGCUUGCCAUCGCAACAGGAGGCGAAAUCGACGCCCAACAAGGCCGUGUAAAGAACAUAGAAGAAGACACCGACAACCUGGAUAUCAAAAUUCACAUGAACACCACACGGCUGACCCAAAUCAGGUGA